AUGAUGGACACCGCCGGCGGCCUGGGCCGGCCGCGAACGGCGGCUGCCGCGGCCGCUGCCGCCGCCGCAGCUGCCGCGCGGCUCGACACUUACGAACAGGAGCUAGGAGUGUCCGAAGCGCCGCACUUCCAGAACGGAUUCGCCAUGCACACGCCCCACCCGCACGUGUCGGCCGCGGGAUACACGGCCGCCGUGGCCAGGGACUUGCUGUUUCGCGGCGCCACGGACCUGGGGCCGCCGCCCCCGCACCACCACCACCACCACGCGGCCACCGCCGCCGAUGGCAUGUUUGUGCACCACCACCACCAUCACGCAGCCGCGCAGGACCUGUAUUCGUCGCGACUGCCGCUCACCGCGGCCGACGUGUACCGCGGCGAAGCGUUCCAGCCGCGGCCCGAGCCCGUGUACGCCACUUCGAUGGGAGGCCAUCCGCACGGCGCUUUCUUCCGCUACAUGAGGCAGCCCGUGAAGCAGGAGCUGACCUGCAUGUGGGUGGAGCAGCCGGCCAUCCACCACCACCCGCACCACCAUCCGCACCACCACGCGCAGCUGAGCAGCAACAGCCCGCGCAAGCCGUGCGGCAAGAGCUUCUCGUCCAUGCACGAAAUCGUGACGCACCUGACGGUGGAGCACGUGGGGGGACCGGAGUGCACCAACCACGCCUGCUUCUGGCAGGACUGCGUGCGCAACGGCCGCCCGUUCAAGGCCAAGUACAAGCUGGUCAACCACAUUCGCGUGCACACCGGCGAAAAGCCGUUCCCGUGCCCGUUUCCCGGCUGCGGGAAGGUGUUCGCGCGAUCCGAGAACCUCAAGAUCCACAAGCGAACGCACACAGGUGAGAAGCCUUUCAAGUGCGAGUUCGAAGGCUGCGACCGGCGGUUCGCCAACUCGUCGGACCGCAAGAAGCACUCGCACGUGCACACGUCGGACAAGCCGUACAACUGCAAGAUCCGCGGCUGCGACAAGAGCUACACGCACCCGAGCUCGCUGCGCAAGCACAUGAAGGUGCACGGAAAGUCGCCGCCCCCGUCGCCCUCGUCGUCGUCCGCCUCGGGCUACGAGAGCGACCCGGGGGCGGCAGGCAUCACCGCAGCGAGCAUCGGCACCGUGACGGGCUCUUGCAACGCCGCGAAUCCCGCCGUCGGCGCGCUGGCCGGGACGCCGCUGCAGCCGCUCGGGCUGGCCUCCCACCAGCUGGCAGCGCCGGCGUCGACGGCGCUGAACGAGUGGUACGUGUGCCAGACGAGCGGCAUGCCCACGCCGCCCAGCAACGAGCAUUCGCCGCUGGGCGGGCCGCCGCACUCUACACCACCUGGCGCCGCCGCCAUACUGACCCCGGCUGACGGGGGCGACAGGAUUCUGAGGACCCCCGCCACGACAAGCGUGGACCCCUUCCCCGGCAACGCCGGUGCGCCGCCGCCAGGAGACGCAGCGACGAGCGACCGACGCGUUCACACCCGCGGUUACAUCUGCCGCACAGCCGCCGCAUUGCGGCGACGUGGAUACGUCGCGCGGCGCACGCCACUGCCGCGGCUGACACUUCGUCCUCUCGCGCUACGACGGGCACAAGCGACGCGAAUGGCCCGAGCCAGCGCUCACCCGGACAGCAGAGCGCAAGACGUCGUUGAAGCAAAGCGGUUCCUUCCGUUGUCAGCGCGUCGUCUUUUGUCUGCACCAGUGUAA